GGCAAUUCUAAUCUGAGCAAUAAUGGUUGAAGUAUUUCGCCCUUCCAGACUGUCUAUGUAAAUAUCUUCUUGUGGCGUGUUCUUCUGUCUUUUUAUAGGGUGUUGAAGAUAGGGUGUCCUUGAAGAUGAAUCUGAAUGGAGCGCGCGGCUUCUCGCGCAGUUCGGCGCCGAGCAAGCGGGUUCCUAGCAAGAGUAUUGUCGCGUUGCCCUUUUUUUGUUUUCCUUUUCCUACAACCUCUUUCCACUGGCUGAAGAGCUGAAGUAACAGAUUUUUACUGUUCUGGAAUUCGCCGAUGGGUUCCUGAUUUUGUUGCAGCAAGAAUAGAGCCAUCGUGUCAAAGUUGUACACGUUACUUUAGUGUGACAAAACAACAAUAACGAAGAAACUCGAAUUUCCAAUUCAGGUCGAGCCCGCCCUGCGAAAGGCACGACUGAAGAGGAUGAGAAAAAAAAGGCCGAGGACGGCGGAGCAAAUAAGGGUAAGAAGCUCCCCAUAAUGCCCCCACCCAGGCCGGAGCGAGAGACCGCACGGGAGAUGUACAAGAGCAGAGCCCGAAUUUCGCGUCGAGAGGAUGAGUCGUCCACCGAAGACAGCAGGGACAAGAAGAAGCGCAAGAAAGAGAAGAAACACCGGGGAAAGUCCACACGAGGACGUGACCGCAGCCUACGCAGAUCCCGAUCCCGAUUCCGAUCGAAGAAGCGGACGAGAAAGGACUCGCGAAACAAGAGACUGCGAAGUCCCAGUCGACAGCACCGUCGUGACGACACACGGUCAAGGUCCCGAGGACACCGAGUGGAAGGAAGAUCGAAGUCCCGGCGACGACGUCCCAGCAAGUCCAAAUUCCGCGACCGGGACCGGCGCGGGAAAUCUAGAGCCCCGUCGAAAUUGCGGGACAAUAAUAAAACGACGUCGUUUAGGCAUCAAGAUAUCUGGAAGAGGCCGGCAAGGUCGCCAUCUCGGGCAAGACAGGCGAAGAGGUCCCCUUCCAGAGGACAAGCCGACCGGAUCAAGCAAAAAGAACAACGACACGAGAGAAACUUGUCGGCGACAGGCGCAGGACGUGACGAAGAUAAAGUCUCUACUCCGAAUAAAGAGGCAGGUCGUAGUCCUCCAGCGAGAUCAUGCGUGGUGGACAAAGCGGCCCCAGAAGUAGAAGAGCCCUUCGUUUUUCUUAAAGCGCUUGAUGAAAAACUACAAGAAAAACAGCAGGAGGAGGAAAACGCGAGAAAUGCCAUCCACCAACCCGUCGGAAACAAUCCGUUCACCGCCUCCGCCCAUAUGUCGAACAAUCCUUUCAUAACUUCCCCGGGGGAGUACCGCCCUAAGCAAGACUCGCCGGUGGUAGACGUUGACUUCGGUCUCGGUACUUAUGCGGCAGCCGAAAAUAACAGGUAUGCGACAAACGCAAGAAACAGGGGGUCGGCAACUCCAAGUGCUAGUAGACUAAAGCGAGCUCCUACACCAUCGAGACCAGGCACCGCGCAUGUUGUUGACGGAGCGCCGUGCAGAGCAGCCGGCGGGGAAAAGGCACGCAGCCCGUGGCACCACGACGAGCACAACAGGAACAGGGGUCAUAGUGCUAUAAUUCUGGACGACGCAAUGGAAAUCGAGUCAGUAAUCGGGUUUCUGGAGUUGAGCGAGGACGAAAAUGGCGUCGUGGACCACCGCAAAAUCUCCGUUGUGCAAGAACCGCAUUCGGAACCGGAGACGCAGCAUCAGCCGCAGGACCGGCCCAAUGAGGUCGUGAAAGACAGCACGUCUUCAGCGGCCCCCAGGACGAACUGCACUGACGCAACGCUCACAAGAGAAGAAGAGCGCCUGUUGUUCUCUGAGGGUGAGGGCCGCGACGCACUGAAUAAAGAAGCACGCGCAGUAGAGGAAAAGCUGGAGGACGGUGACGAGCUAUCUGCUGGAGGGUUCAACGUCGGCGCCAUCCGGGGAACAGCGAUCGGCUCAUCGUCUCGGAAAGGUGGACGCGAGAUGAAGCCCAAAGGAUCGAAAGUGACCUUCAAGGAGGACGCUUUAUCGCAAGUACGCUGCGACGACGAGGACCGCAGGAGCGACCGGGGGUCAAAAAGACAGAGCACAACCGGUGCUGAAGUUCAACAAGAAUUGGAAAAUCAUCUUCCUCGCCAAAGCGGGGAACUGUCCCUGAAUGCACCAUGGAACAACACGACUCUGGCCACACCCACGAUAGAAAAAGCGUCGCAAAAAGUAGCCCUGCUCUCGUGUAGUACUAGCACACAUGACCCAUCGCCGUUUAGUGGGGCGCGCAGUACGAAUGGUGUGACGAAAAACGACGACAGUGUUCUUGAGCAGCACGUUUUUGGUGAUCCUGAGAAGCAGGACCAGCAAGACGAGACCCAGACACGAAGACUUGCAGUGCAGGAAAGCGAAAGAGGGCCGGUGGAAGAAGAACAUCAACAUGUUGAAAAGGGCGAGCCAGAAUCUCAGCAAGCGGCUUCUACUGCUUUUGGGGUACUAGAUACAGGAGGUGAUGGUCCAGGGUCACAUCAAGUAGCACAAGCUGUUACUACAGAAGUGCCGUCCGCGCAGCCACCUGAUAACAUCAACACGCAGGCGGAAGUAGAUAUCUUCGAACAGGUGCAGGAUAAGAGGAGCCGGUAUGUGCAGCAUAAGAAGGAGAGGUCGCAGCUGCAAGAAUGGUUGGAGGCCAUGAAAGAGACCAAGUCGCUGCCGGCAGACGUUGCCGAUAAGAUGUGGGAGAUGAUCGAACAGGUUGAGAAACAAUCGAGCUGGCAAGAUCUCUAGCCUGUGGUCUAAUUCGGUUUGUAUCCUCCUUGGAUUUUUGCAUUAAUUUUAUAUCAAGCCUAUUCCACAUAGAAUACAGAUGCGAACAGGCGCGCUCCGUAAAAAAUCAACUGCGGAGGUGCUAUGGCGACGUCCCCUCUCUCUCUUGCUCGUUUUAGAAAAUUGCUG